AUGCUGCCAUCGCGCGAGGAGGAAAUGGCAGCCAGGCAGAAGCGCCUGGCUUUUGCAAGAGUCAAACACGGCCGCUUGAAAGCCAUGAUUCAAUUGACUUUGCAGGCGCGUUUCCAGAAGGUUCGGAGACAGAAACUGUUGCAAGCUUGGGGCGUUCCAGAGCUCCCAGAAGGUUUGCAGCUGAACAGCUUUCAAUCACCUGAUGACAGCCUUUGUGCUACGCUUCGCUUGUCGGAUGGGACUGAGGCAGUGGGCCCUUACCGCAAGAAUUUCCAGCAAGCUCUCCAAGAGCUGCAGGAGCUACGUGCCUUGCAGCAACGCAAAGGUGAUCAGGCCUUGCAAAAGGAGAUGCAACGACGUGAUGUGGAAGCCAUGACGGCUUUCUUCGUAGAAAGCAUCAGCUGA